AUGGAGAAAAAAUUUCUUGACUACACCUUGGUUCCGUUGGGGCUGGCUAUAAUGAUGGCAUAUCACAUAUGGCUUUUCAAUCGAAUCAUGAACCACCCUUCCAAGACUGUUAUAGGCGUCAAUACCGUCAAUCGCCGCUUCUGGGUUCAGACCAUGAUGGACGACAACGUCAAGAAUGGAGUUCUUGCUGUGCAGACUCUGCGAAACAAUAUAAUGGCAUCUACAGUUUUGGCAUCCACGGCCAUCAUGCUCAGCUCCGUUAUUGCUUUGCUCAUGACCAAGGACAUCGGAGCGGAUCGAUCUGCUUGGACUUUUGACUCUGGGGAUACCAGUGAGAUGGGAUUGUCUAUAAAGUUCUUCUCUAUAUUGGCAUGUUUCUUGGUGGCUUUCUUGCUGAACGUGCAAUCCAUUAGGUACUAUAGCCAUGCAAGCAUCCUCAUUAACGUCCCCUUCAAGAACUUGUUACCAGAUCACCACCACCACCAUCUGACAGCGGAGUAUGUGGCUAGGUCAGUCAACAGGGGUAGCCAUUUUUGGUCAUUAGGGCUACGUGCCUUUUACUUCUCUUUCCCUCUGUUUUUGUGGAUCUUUGGGCCAAUUCCUAUGUUUUUGUGUUGUUUUGUCCUGGUUUUCAUUCUCUAUUUUCUGGAUGUCACCUUUGAGUGUAGCUGGGCUGUUUAUGAUCACAAGGACCAGGAGAUUGAGACCCAAAAUGAAACUUGAUUUUAUAGUGCUAGAAAUUAGGUUUAAAAAAAGUGCAUUUUGCAUUCAA